AUGCGGGAAGAGCUCGGCGUCGGUGACGAGUUCCUGGACGACGGAAAGAUGAAGAAGUACGAGGGGCUACUGGAGAAGAAGUGGACCUCGGUCGUGCGUCUACAGAAGAAGAUCAUGGAGCUAGAAUCCCGGACAUCAUCCUUACAAAGCGAGCUCGACUCGACCACACCGACAUCUCUGGCGCGCAAGAACGUGGACCCGACCGCGUGGCUCCCCCGAGCACCUCCGCGGCAUAGUCUCGACGGUCACCGCAACCCAGUCACAUCUGUAGCCUUCCAUCCAGUGUUCUCGGUACUGGCGUCUGGCGCCGAAGACUCGACCAUUAAGAUCUGGGAUUGGGAGAUGGGGGAACUGGAAAGAACAGUGAAGGGCCACACCAAGGCUGUUUUGGAUGUUGACUUUGGGGGCCCUAAAGCUGGGGUGCUGCUGGCAUCGUGCUCGAGCGAUCUGACCAUCAAACUGUGGGAUCCAGCCAACGAGUAUAAGAAUAUCCGCACGCUCACCGGUCACGACCACAGUGUAUCGGCGGUGCGGUUCAUCCCUAGUGCGGCCGGAGAGUAUCUGGUGUCUGCAUCGAGGGAUAAGACCCUGCGGAUAUGGGGCGUAACCACGGGAUACUGCGUAAAGACCAUUCAAGGCCACGCCGACUGGGUUCGGGAUGUCUCGCCGUCGUUUGAUGGCCGGUGGUUGGUCUCCGUUGGAAACGAUCAAAGCGCCAGAUUAUGGGAUGCAUCGACAGCGGAGCACAAGGCUACAUUCAUGGGCCACGAGCAUGUGGUAGAAUGCGGCGUGUUUGCGCCCCCAGCCGCAUAUCCCUACCUCGCCCAAAUCGCCGGUCUAAAGAAACCUCCCCCAGCCACAUCGUCGUCGGAAUUCGUCGCCACAGGGUCGAGAGACAAGACAAUCAGGCUAUGGGAUUCGCGGGGUACACUACUCAAAACUCUCACUGGUCACGACAACUGGGUUCGAGCACUAGUUUUCCAUCCCGGCGGAAAGUAUCUACUUUCGGUGAGCGACGAUAAGACGAUACGGUGCUGGGAUCUGACGCAGGACGGGCGAUGCGUAAAGACGGUCACCGAUGCUCACAACCACUUCAUCAGUUGCAUACGAUGGGCACCGGCACCGGCAAAGGAACCGCCACAGGCCGCCAACGGCGGGACAAGGAUCAAUGGUACGCUGGGCAAAGACGCGGCGGCGAAGGUGAACGUUAGAUGUGUGAUUGCGACGGGAAGUGUGGAUAUGAGCGUUAGGGUAUUUGCAUCAUGA